CGUUUUAAUCCAGUUUGCUGCUGUUGACUCACUUUCUCACCUAAAGCUGGUAACCUAAGUGCUGUGGUUAUGUUUGUAAACAGGACAUGGUUAAAACAACAGGUGUUUAGGUGUUCUUUACCUUAAAAGAAGAAAUUUUCUUAUCAUGGGAAGUGCCCUGUUGCUGUCUGUGAAAGCUGUACAACAUGGCUUACAGUGUGACUCUGAAUGGACCUGGACCGUGGGGCUUCCGACUGCAAGGGGGCAAGGACUUCAACAUGCCCUUGACCAUCUCCAGAAUCACCCCUGGCAGCAAGGCAGCACAGUCACAGAUGAACCAGGGGGACCUUGUCGUGGCCAUUGAUGGAGUCAACACUGACAGCAUGACCCACCUGGAGGCCCAGAACAAGAUCAAAUCAGCCAGCCACAACCUGAGCCUCACUCUGCAGAAAUCUAAACGCCCAGUGCCAGUUUCAACCACAGCUCCCAGAAUUGACUCUCCCAGGGCUGUAAUUCCCCAUCAGAAGGAACCUGCUUGGGAAAUCAAUGGCAACAGAACAACCUUCAGCCCUCUAACUAACACGGCGACUGGGCCUAUGGGUAGUGUUUUAGCAACCAAUGGAACCUUUUCAGGCUACCUCAACCAGCAAGAGAUCAGCCUUUCAAAUAGCUCUUCCUACCUAAAGACUACCACAGUUAGAUCUUCCUUGUCCUCUCAGUCUGUGACUCCUGACAUUUCACCUGCCAAGAGCACUUUAGGUUCCAAAGCAAGCCCUGCUUUGGCUGGUGGCAGUAGCCCUGCACACCAGCUGAGCCCUGCAAGGCAGUAUAACAACCCUAUUGGCCUUUACUCAGCAGAGACCCUGAGGGAAAUGGCUGAGAUGCAUAAAUUGAGUCUCAACCGAAGGGCUUCGGAAGGUGGACUUCCUAGAGGUACCCUCCCUCUAAAGGAUCCUCAUGUAGACAGUGCCUCUCCGGUGUAUCAGGCUGUGCUUAAAACUCAGAACAAGCCUGAGGAUGAGAGCGAGGACUGGAGCCGUCGCUCUGCCAACCUGCAGUCCAAGUCCUUCCGCAUCCUUGCCCAGAUGACUGGAACUGAGUACAUGCAAGAUCCAGAUGAAGAAGCCCUGAGGAGGUCAAGAGACAAGGAAAACGUUGCAGCAGCAUCAGAAAACAGAAACACAAGCCAGUCAUAUACACCAAUGCCAGUUUCUGGAAGCUACAGUGAAAGUCCUGCUCCUUCUGCUGCUUCAAAAACGAGAGUUGUUACUACUGCCAGCAUAAAGCCCUCUGUGUACCAGCCAGCGCCAGCACCAGUUCAUUCCUACACCCCUGCCAACACGGAGCCUGCGAGUCGCCCUCCCUGGGUGACAGAUGACUCCUUUUCCCAGAAAUUUGCACCUGGAAAAUCCACCACCACUGUCACAAAGCACAUCCUACCCAGGGGUGCUCCAGUGAUAUCUCCUGCCACGAUUUCUGCUUACCCGUCUCCAGUUCCAACUUCUACCCAGCCCCCUGCAUUAGCCCGGGGAACAGUUCAGAGGGCGGAGCGUUUUCCAGCCAGCAGCCGAACUCCUCUCUGUGGGCACUGUAACAGCAUCAUUCGAGGUCCUUUCCUGGUAGCCAUGGGUCGCUCUUGGCACCCAGAAGAAUUCAAUUGUGCUUACUGCAAGACAUCCUUGGCCGAUAUGUGCUUUGUGGAGGAGCAGAACAGCGUGUACUGUGAGCGCUGCUAUGAACAGUUCUUUGCACCAACCUGUGCCAGAUGCCACACUAAGAUUAUGGGGGAAGUGAUGCAUGCCCUAAAACAGACUUGGCACACAAGUUGCUUUGUCUGUGCUGCUUGUAAGAAGCCAUUUGGGAAUAGCCUGUUCCACAUGGAGGACGGGGAACCUUACUGUGAGAAAGAUUAUAUUGCUUUGUUCAGCACAAAAUGUCAUGGCUGUGAUUAUCCUGUUGAAGCUGGAGAUAAAUUCAUUGAAGCUCUUGGACACACUUGGCAUGACACCUGCUUCAUUUGUGCUGUAUGCCAUGUGAAUUUGGAAGGUCAGCCAUUCUACUCCAAGAAGGACAAGCCACUGUGCAAGAAGCAUGCCCAUGCCAUCAAUGUUUAAAGGAAGAGUUGGUAGUCAGUAAUGCUGGGGUAAAACAGAUGGUUAACUGGGCAAUUAUAAAGUUGAUAACCAUGGCUAGCAUUUCUCUCAGUAAAAGCUAGAAGUUGGCACUUUUCAAGUUUAACUUUAUCUCUUUCAUAAAUGCAGAACGUGCUCUUUGCAAAGUUCAUACAAAAACCUACUGAAUGAAUAGUCAAAACCGAAUGAAUAUUCAAAACCAAAUGAACUAAUGAACUAGGCUAUUAUUUGAGCAACAGUUGGGGGAAAUAUCAAAAUUAACUAAAAACCUUAAUAUAAAAAGUAAUGUGCAAAUAUAGUUUCAAGUUAACUACUCACAGCAGUUUUACUGCUUAGACCACACGCUGGGGUUUAAAAACAACUGGAAAAAUACUUCUGUAUUAAGUCAUUUUCUUUCACAGCAAGAAUGAGUAAGUGCCAUAUGUACAGUCAUCUGUAGAACCAAAGGCUGUAGCUUUCAAGGGGAAAUAAAUAGAUUAGGGCUUCCUCUAGGAAAAGUGAGUGCUAUUCCAUUAUGAUGUGAUGCUACCUCAUAGCAUCAGAUAUUUUAGAUUCUUUCCAAAUAACAAGUCUGCCUUGAAUCCAUAUGUAGCUGGGAAGCCUAGGUGACAAUCCAUAACAGUUUGAAAAUAAAGUGGUUGGGUCAGCCUUGCUAGUGCCCUUGGCCUCUCUGUGCACAGUAGAUAAUUCACUUUCAAAUCAUAAUGGAAAAGGACAA